UUUGAUUACGAAUUUACUAUCCACUAUAACUACAGUAAAUAUUAAUGCAAACUACUGAAAUUAAAUUAGGCUGCAUUUCGCGGUCACUACGAAAGAAUGGCACUGAACGAGGCUCAAGGAAAGGUUCAAUGGCAAAGAGCAGUAACAAAUACUUUGGACAUUUUGAAAAAAGCUGGUGCGUCUCAAACAGAGAUUUCAAAGGCCGUUGAACACUUGAAGUUCGCUUAUCGAGGAUACUACACUCGAAGGAAUCAAAGGCUCGAUGCUCCGGGAAUGGAGCAGGAACCUCUUAAGAAGGAUGAACGGAUACUGGAACCUGGAGAAGCCAUUCAAGCAGUCGCUUGGAUGGAAAUGAUGUACGAGGAUUCCGGAUUGACAGUGGAGAAGGCCAAUGAGGCUGCUUCUGUUAUUCAGAGAGCCUAUAAAAAAUAUCGCGCAAGAAGACGUUGCUACGACGUGCAGAAGUUAGAAUCGUCCAAGUCGUUGGUCGUGGAGGCGAUCCUCGACAGUGUGCGACACAUGGUUUUCGAAAGGGUUACAUCACGUCAGGACAUCCCAACGGAGUACGGCACUCAAGAGGAAAUAAUGAUCGCAAGCACCAAGGUCCAGCUAACUAUCAAAGAACACCUAAGAAAAACGCGUUUAUCUAGAGAAAGUUAUUUGCAAUCUACUGAAGAGGAGUAUGAAGGGGAGCAAUUAUAUGACGAAGAGGAAGAAGAAUUUGAGGACGAAGAAAGGGGAGAGGGUGCAGUAGCAGAGCCCCAAAGCAAAGGACUGGAAGCGAAGGCAGGUGCUGAUUAUGUGAAAGAACAGACGGAGAAGAAAGACGAUGCGGAGGAGCAAGCACCAGAAGCUGAAGUUACAGAACAUGUGCAUCCAAGUCCAGAAUUAGAACAACCAGAUGAAGUAGAACUUAAAGAAGUGGAAAAAGAAGCUGAAGAAGUACACGAAUUAAAAGAAACGAAGGAUCAGGAGAAAGUGGCAGAAGUGACGGAAGUGGCGCAAGAGACGGAAGUAGCAAAAGAGACAGAAAUGGCGGAAGAGACGGAAGUGGCAGAAAAGUCAGAAAUGGCGGAAGAGACGGAAGUGGCUGAAAAGUCAGAAGUAGAGAAAGAGACGGAAAAGACGGAAGUGGCGCAACAGACGGAAGUGGCGGAAGAGCCAAAUGUUGCCCAAGAGACCAGUGGUACCUCGGACACGGGUGCAGAAUGAUAUAAAUGCCCUCAUUUAUUAACUUUAUUAAAGCAAUAUACUUCCGAAAUAAGUUUAUUAACUUUAUUAGCGCAAUAUACUUUAAAAAAUAACUCUGCUGAAGUGCACCAGUGCACAGUUUUUCAAGCGACGAAGUUGAACCUCCGUCGAAUCCACUUUUAUACGCCCUCUUUUCGCUUUCCCCGAAGCGAAAAUGAAAAUUAGAACGAAAAGUGGCCCGCUGGAAGAUCUGCGAGGAUUUUAAUGAAAUUUUCAGAAAAAUUUGAGGCCAUUUCAAUUUACACUUCCUCUUUGAAGACACUUUUAAUGAUCUCAAUUAAAUUAAAAAUUUUCUUACAUCUUAACACUAUAAUUACCAGUGUUCAAUGCAGACUGAUUUCUAAAUUGAAAAUAAAACAGGAAGAUAAAUAGAUAAAGAAUUAAAGAUAAACGAGCGUAUACAAUAAUUCU